AUGAUUGGAGGUAUCUUCUUCGUAUGUUACGUACCGGCUAACGUUACUGCAUUCCUUAUCGUGAUUGCUGGCUACACAGAAUCACAAAUGUUGGCUUUAAGUGAAGAAAUGCUACACAUAUGGCCUGAUGCAAUCAAAGCAGCUGAAAGAGAAAUGGAAGUCAGCAAUAUCGAUGAACAUAUUCCCAGCAACAAAAAACUUAUCAACAAAUAUGUGAUGAGACGUCUGAAAGAAAUAAUUGUUCGCCAUGCUUUGGUAAUAAAUCUUUUCAAACGAGUUGAGGGUGUCUUUCGAGGUGCUAUUGCUAUGGGAUUCAUUCUAUUAAUCAUCGGUUUGAUUGCAGAGCUUCUUGGAAAGCUAGAAAACACAUACCUGCAGAUGCCUUUCGCUUUUAUGCAGGUUGCGAUGGAUUGUUUUACAGGCCAACGAGUGAUGGACGCUAGUAUUGUGUUUGAACAGGCUGUGUACGACUGCCAAUGGGAAAAGUUUGAUAAAGCCAACAUGAAGAUGGUUCACAUUAUGGUGCAGAAUUCCCAGAAGACUAUGACUUUGUCUGCUGGAGGGAUGGCCAUGCUGAGUUUCAGUUGCUUAAUGACAAUCACCAGAGGAAUAUAUUCUGCUUAUACUGCUCUCAGAUCUACUGUGAAGUAG